UUUUCCCUUUUCCUUUUUGUCUUUCUCUCUUUAACCCACCCGUUUCUUUGACUUGCCUUGUCUUGCUCUGUUGAUCACCCACACCACAGCAAUGUCCCGUCUGUUAGAUCAACUCAGUAACACACUCGAAAAGAGACGUGAGAUUGCAAAGCUCCGAAGACUUGUCAUCAAUCCCCAAGACGCCAUUGACUUUUCUUCGAAUGACUUUCUCGGUCUUGCAUACAGUGGUGCAUUCCGAGACGCUUUCCUCAAUGAGCUUCAUUCGCUCGACAAUAUUCUCGGAUCAACAGGAUCUCGUCUUCUCGAUGGAAAUUCACUUUAUGCUGAAGAUCUCGAACGUACCCUGGCUCGUUUUCACCGGGCCGAGUCUGCCCUCUUAUUUAAUUCGGGAUUCGAUGCCAAUGCAGGUCUCUUUAGCACCGUACCCCAAAAAGGCGAUGUGAUUGUAUAUGAUGCUCUGGUUCACGCCAGCGUCCACGAAGGCAUGCGUAUCUCGAGAGCUGGUCUCCGUGUAUCUUUUAGACAUUCUGACGUGGAUGAUCUUAUUCGCAUCCUCAAAAAUGUCCAACAAAGCCAUCCAGAUAAGAAUGUAUUUGUUGCAGUAGAAACUGUGUAUUCUAUGGAUGGUGAUAUUGCACCUCUGAGAGAAAUUGUUGCUGCUAUUCGAGAAUGCUGGCCCGCAAAAGAUAAUGGCUUUUUAAUUGUUGACGAGGCCCACAGUACUGGUGUUUUUGGAAAGAAUGGUCGAGGUGUAGUCGCAAUGUAUGGUUUAGAAGAUGAAGUAUUUGCUCGCCUACAUACAUUCAGCAAAGCAUUAGCAAGCAAUGGUGCUGCCAUUCUUGGGUCUCCAAUACUUCGUAACUACUUGAUAAACUAUGCAAGGCCUUUGAUUUACUCAACGUUUAUGACCCACAGUAGUCUUGCCAGUAUCAAAUGUGCUUAUUCUUUAUUGGAAAGCGGGUCAACUAUACAAAUGCAAAAGCACGUUCAUCUCUUGACCAAAAGAUUCCGUCAGACAAUUCGAUUGCCCAUAGGAACUCUCUUACCAUCUCCUAGCCCUAUUCAAGGAAUCGUAUUGAACGGAAAUGCACCUGUUCGUGCCCUUGCUACCUAUUUAAACAAAAAAGGUUUCACUGUAAAGCCAAUUUGCUCUCCAACUGUCCCCAAAGGACACGAACGAGUUCGCAUAUGUCUUCACGGACACAAUACUCUUGAGCAGGUUGAUGCCCUGGUUGACGCUGUUCACUUAUUCUUUGGCAGUCAGAAAGACACCGCAGCCAAUGGCAUACCUCUGGAGCAACCAAAGCUAUGA